AUGUAAUUAUAAUUCUAAAGAUGCAGAUCUUAGUAUUUGUAAACAAAACCUUAAGAGCUACCCUUGAACUAGAAAUACUUCUCAUACUAAAUAUAAGAAUAUACAAGUAGACUAGCCUUAAACCAUCAUUUAGUAAAUAAGCAUAAAACAAAAUUGUUUAUAAGACACCAUAAAAACCUAGACCAUUUGAUAUUUGAUGAACUUUUAUAAGGAAACCUUUAAAAUUCAUCUCAAUCUGAAAGACAUCUUCUGAUUAUAAUUGUAGUUAACAGUGCAAAAGAAAAACUAAAGCAAAAGCAAUCUGAUUAAAAAACAUUAUGUUUUACUAAAAUACAUUAAUCUAUUGACAAAGAAAGAAACGAGUUAUCAAUUGAAUGCAACAAAACCGAAUUGAUUUCUUUUGAGAUAGUUUUAAUAUGA